AUGUCAUUAACGAAUAAACGUAAAAGUCUCGAUGUGUAUUUGAACGAAUUCCACUAUUCGGAACAAAGAGGAUUCGGUAAUUCUGGCCCAAUAGGUCUAUUUGCAUUUGGAACUACACAGCUCAUAUAUUCUUUGUAUCUUAUUCAAAUAGCAAAUAUAACUAAUCGUCAAGUUUGGCUUGGUGCCUCUUUAUUUUACGGUGGUGUUAUUCAAGUACUUGCUGGAUUGUGUGAAUUCUAUUCUGGUAAAACUUUAAGUGCUACUCUUUUUUGUUCAUACGGUGGUCACUGGAUUUCUUUUGGAUUUAUUCAUCUUCCAAGUUCUGGGAUCAUUGAUUCAUUUAAAGAUGAUCAAGUGAUGCUUAGAAAUGCAAUUGGAAUUUAUCAUACUGUAUGGACUAUUUUCACAUUUUUAAUGUUAAUUGCUUCUUUAAGGACUACGGUUUUACAAAUUUCAACACUCCUUUUUGUAUUUACUACUUUUAUUUUUUUGGAUGUUGCUGAUUUUACUGGUUUAAGUACUUUAUCUCGAAUUGGUGGAUGCUUUGGAGGUAGGAAUUUUAGAUAUGCACUGGCCAGAAGGAUCGUUUGA